AUGGGGCCCCUUGGCAAUAGGGGAUCAUGGGGCCCCUGUGUCCUCGCCCACACUCAAACCACACCCAAGAAAGUCUAUGAAAGGUACCAGGGGCAUCUCAUGGGGCCCCCUACUGACCCCAGGCCCUCGGGCGGUGCCCGAGUUUCCAAAUGGUCAGUCCGCCCCUGUAUAUAUAUAUAUAUUGUACAUUCACAUCAGUCCCUGACCCUCAAGGAGCAUACAAUCUAUGUUCCCUAAACUACAUUCAUACAUACACAUACU